AUGAGUACGGAGGAACAAGAGAAGAAUCAGCUUCUACUCGAGGAUGAUCCAGAAGCGGAAACUCAGGAAAUGGAGCCUGCUACUGUGGCGAAAGACGCGGCCACUGGCGAGGAGCUUACUCCCCUUGAUGGACUUUCAGUCAUCCCAACUGCUCAAUCUUAG